AUGUCUAUUGUAAUCAAUACAGAAGAAGAACUUCAAAAUGUUCUAGAUCAACCUGAGUUAGUUAUUCAAAUAAUUUUCAUCAAUCCAGAAAGACAUCCAAACACAGAAGAGAAAAAUGAAGAUUUUGAAAGAAUAGCUGCUAGUUAUGGACCAGAUCAUUAUCAUCAUAGGUUUUAUAAAGUAUAUACAGAUAGUGGGAUUUAUCCUGGUGAUGCGCUUCUUUAUUUACAUCAUCAUAAAAGGAACUUUUUUGAUCAAUAUGAUAUAUAUCUUGCUGUUUUCCAAAAUAGAAAAGUAAUUACUCUUGCAGAUAUUGAUGGAGGUGAUAUGCUACAUGGUCAAUGA